GCAGAACUAGACACACAGCUGGACCAUAUUAGAAUUGAGCAUAGGAGUACAGUGUAGAAGAGACCGGUGUAGUCUGUUGAAGUCAAGCUGCUGAACUCAUCUGAGACACAGCGAAGACUCUUGACAAACUUUGUCAGGAAUACAGUGAUUUGAAGGGUGAUAUUGUGGCAAAGGAGAUAACAAUUUCAGACUUCACUGUAUUACAUCACAGGACUUGGGACACGGGGGGCUGCGUUACACGGAGCAGAGAAAGGAAGGAAGGGAGAGGCAGCUUUCUCUGCUUGUGGAAGUAGCUCCUAACCAUAAAUUAUAGCUUUCGCUGUGAGAGAGUACGGAUCCUCUGCAGCGCCAUGAGUCUCUUUGCUCCAGCCGGGACUCUGCUAUUGCUGCUCUCGCUCUCUGCUCUCCGCCAUGGCUGUUCCUCCUCUCCCACCACGGAAGAGUGCACUGGCAUGGGCGUCCGGCUGCGCUCCUUCAAGCUGGUGUCCAACUGCAACUUCACCACCCUGAAAGACAAGCAGAUCCAGGAGGUGCAGGCUCCCACCACCGUGCUCUACGUGCCCAUGCUCUACCUGGUAGCCUUCACYGUGGGCCUCCCGGCUAACCUCCUGGCCCUGUGGGUCCUUCUGUUCCGUACCAAGAAGAUGCCAUCCACCAUCCUCCUUAUCAACCUCACCGCCACCGACCUCAUGAUACUGAUGGUGCUCCCCUUCCGCAUAGUCUAUCACUUCCAGGGCAACGACUGGGUCUUCGGCGAGCCCUUCUGCCGCGUGGUCACGGCGCUCUUCUACGGCAACAUGUACGGCUCGGUGCUGUGCCUGGCGUUCAUCGCCGUCGACCGCUACGUGGCAUUGGUGCACCCGUUCGGUGCCAAAACCCUCCGCAGCCACCGCACCUCCCUUUACAUGAGCCUGGGCGUGUGGGUGGUGGUGCUGGCCGCCAUGGUGCCUCUCCUCGUCUCCCGCCAGUCCUACAAGCUGGACGAGCCGAGCAUAACCACGUGCCACGACGCGUUGCCUGAGGAGGAGCAUGAGAACUACUUCCUGUCCUACUUUCUCACACUCUUCUUUCUCUGCUUCCUGCUCCCCCUGCUGGUCGUCCUCUACUGCUACGGCUCCGUGAUACGCACCCUAGUGGCGGGAGGCCAGCGCUACGCCCACGCUGUGCGCGUCACUGUGCUAGUGCUGGUAGUGUUCGUUGGCUGCCUGCUACCCAGCAACGUCCUCCUUCUCCUGCACUACUCCGACUCCUACCUGGUGGAUGACGGGGAGGACCUGUACGUGCCCUACAUGGUUAGCCUAGCUGUUAGCACGUUGAACAGCUGCAUCGACCCCUUCAUCUUCUACUACGUCUCUGACGACUUCAGGGAAAAGGUCAGGACGGUGCUGUGUUGCCGCGGCGACAAYGGGAGAGACUCGACCACGGGGAACCAGGUGUCCUAUUCGUCCACCUCAAAGGGGACGCAAAGGUCAAAGGUGACACUGCUGUCCAAGUCUAGUCGGAGCCCGGUGACGUCAGAGGGGGAGGUAGCAUGCAGAUAGGCAUUAGAGAACUAGACGUGUAGGCACUAGGAUCAGACGAAGACUCAAUCUUGUGUUGUGGCACACAAUGUUUUCCUCUGGUUUACGUGAGACUCAUCUCAUUUAUACAGCCAAUGACUUUUAUCGUAUAUUGUGAAUAACAAAAAAUGGAUGGCAUUUCUGUGCAAUUUCCAUAAACAUGCAGUCAAUGGAGGGAGGUGUUUAGGAACCAUCAUCAUACAGGGAUACAAUAGUCUCUUUAGAUAUCCACUUUGCCUCCCACAAUUUUCAAAUGCUCUUCACUGUUGCCUAUGGUCUGGUUUUCGAGAUGAGGGUUUGUAUCAUUAGAGUUCUACAGGAUUACACAGUCACUCUAUAUUAAUGGACUGUCUUAUAUAAAUACGACAAAAUGGGAAAAACACAGCUGCAGGGUGUGUUGUCCCUAUUCUUCGGUCUAGGUCAGUGGUUCCCAAACUUUUUAUAGUCCCAUACCCCUUCAAACAUUCAACCUCCUGCUGCAUACCCCCU